CCGCUCCACGUGGGAGAAGCGGAUGACGAUCGCGUCCAGCAACCGGGGCUCGGUACGGGCACGGCGGGUAACGGGAAGUAAUUCACCUGAUUCAUUGGCAAAACAUCUGAUACUCUACCUGCAAAGCACUCUUCCCCACAGCCAUACCUACAUAAAAACAUCCUCUGUAAAAACAAACAAAAACUAAACCAAAAAGCACAGAAGAAAAAAAAUCUUUGUAUCAGUAUUGCUCUUAGAUGAGCAUUUCUGGCUGUAAUUAAGCUAUUUUUUUUACUGUUAUUUCUGGAAAAUGGCUUUUCAAUUUAAUUUUUCUAUUGAUGAAAAUGAGAGCAAUGAACCAGACGCUCAUGAUAAGACGGACUUGCAGCUGUGCUCUCCAAAACACAAGCAGGAAUCCACGGAAAAGAGGAAGCAAACUGCUGAUACUGUAGCAGACUCCAGGCUGGGUACUGAUAAGCACCAAGAUAAGACACCAUCAAAGAAAAAUGUCUCCUUUAAAGCUGCUAAGGAGCAUAAUAUACCUGAGGAUCUUAACAAAAUAUUGGAAAAUAAAGUCAUGGAAACAGUAGCGGACCUGUAUUACAUAAACAUGUCUGUAGUGGAAAUGAUGUGUUUGGAUGGCACUGACAGAGAAGGCAUCGUGUCUAAAAGUGUUUCUUCUCACUCCGAUCUCAUCCCAGGAGUCUAUGAGGGAGGACUGAAAGUCUGGGAAUGCACCUUUGAUCUCAUAGACUACUUUGCCGAAGCUGAAAUACAGUUUACCAACAAGACGGUAUUGGAUCUUGGCUGUGGGGCUGGACUGCUGGGAAUAGUUGCAUUAAGGGGAAAAGCCGAAAAAGUCCAUUUUCAGGACUACAACAGCACAGUGAUUGAUGAAAUAACCUUGCCUAACGUGGUGGCCAACUGUAUAAACGAAGGCAAUAGGAUGGGCAGUAGAGACAGCAGAAAAACAAGCAAGCCUCCUUUGAAGAGGCCCAAGAAAGCAGAGCGCUUACCUAAUCUGCUCACCAACUGCAGAUUUUUUUCUGGAGAGUGGUCUGAAGUCACCCACCUCCUGUUAAGCAGCAACAAACCCUUUUCAAAGUACGAUAUAAUUCUCACAUCUGAGACCAUCUAUAAUCCCGACUACUACAGUGCUUUGCAUGAUAUACUGGCUCAGCUCUUACAUAAGAAUGGCCGUGUGUAUUUGGCAAGCAAAGUACAUUAUUUUGGGGUUGGUGGUGGUAUCUACCUCUUUGAGAAAUUCAUUGAGGAGAGAAACGUGUUUAGUACCAGCAUAGUUAAAAUAAUUGAUAAAGGACUGCAGCGAUGUAUUAUGGAAAUGGCCUUUAAAGAUGCCAGUGAAAAUUCAACCACUGGUCCUUCAAAAAUAUCUUAGAGACAAAAUGGUUUAGUCCUCAUAUCUUUGCUUUUUCGUCUGUUCAGUUAUUCUGGUUUGACAAAUUAAGGAUGCUUGUUAUUGAAAUGUUUGACAAAUUCUAAUGUCUGACUAGAAGCGAAAGACUUCUGAUUCUGGUUUUUACAUAGAAAAAUGAAGUUCUUAAAUGACCAUCUGUUUAUGCUAAUUAAUUGUCAUUUAUAUGUAUUUAAAAAUGAAGCAAGUCACUGUCCCCAGUCCCUCUCACAUUCUUUGGCAGUGCCAGAACCGUACGUCACCAGAGUGGCUGCUGUGCGCAGCCUGAACUAGAGAUCAUUUAACAUCCCAAAACACUGAGCAUCCCGAUAUAGUGCAGAAAGUGGUUUUUGAGGAUUAGGCUCCCAACUCAGAUACAGUUUACCUGCAGCAACAUAUUUCAGAAGCGACUGCACAUACCUGUGCUCUGCUGCUUUGCCACCAGAGGGGGAUGUGAUCGUAUUUAUCACUUGUGUCCUAUUCUGCUAGUAAUCUUGCAUGUGUUUAAUAUUUCCCUAUGUAAUGCACAAGUGCAUUAUUCAAGCCUUUGAAAAAGUGUACCAGAGAAUAUGUACUAGUGUGGUCUGUGAAUUUUCACAUUCAGAUUUUGACGUAUCACUAAGAAAAUUUCACCAAGUAAUUGGAAAAAGCCAUACUGGUUUUAGAAAUGAGUUAAGACUGAUUUGGUUUAGAAGCUGAGUUGACAGAAGAUGCUAUACAAGGGAAUUUUCUUAAAACAACCAACCAAUAAACGUACAAAUGCAAUCCAGGAAACUGGAGGAUGACAGAACUGAGCUUUAGGUGACAAGUAGGAAAAGAGAUAAGCUGCACUGUUAUAGCAGAUUGCUACACUGUACUGUAUUGUUAUGGGGUUUUUUUUUAAAAAAUUUCCAGAAAUUAACUGCCCAUACACUGUGGCCCAUUUUCAAAACCUGUUGGGGGUACUAUUGAACACUGUCACACUUCAUCCUUUCCAGCAGUUGGGCAGGGCAGCAAGCAUUCAGAAAAGCCUGUGUACAAGUCACUCCUGUGUCCUAGGCUGAAGAUAGUGAUGUUGCUAAAGAAAUACCAAAAAUGCAAACAAACCCAAAGAACUACAAAAUCUGGUCCCGAGUGCUUGAUAUCACCAGCAAUUCACACAAAAAUCCAUUGCAUGUUCUGUCAUAAGUAAAAUUGGACAAAAAGCUAUUAAACAAUUCUACCAGGUAUAUCAAGCUACUGCUUAUCAUCAUGCUGUGCUUUCCUGGGUGCCCUUGCAGAAAGAGUCAACCACUGCAGUAAACUGAUGCAAGGAUACUUGGUGGAGGGGAGAAAGGACAAUAGUCUGAGGGGAUGGAAAGAAACUUAUUACAGCAGUGACCCAAAUCACUUUAACUAUUGCAUAAAGUUCCCGUCAUUGAAGACUAUGAAAGCCAACUGCAAGAUUUCUAUGUUGACCAUGUUGCUAUUAAGAUAGAAUCAUAGAGGAUUUCCUGUACUUUACAGAAGAGCCUUAACAACUACUGUUGUUUCAAAAACAAUUCUAAGUAGACUAUUUUAAAGGGAUGCUUGGAUAACUACUGCAGUUGCUAUUUUAUGGGGGAGGAGGAGCAGUCAGUUGUGCCAUGGCUGUGACUGCACUUUGGAAUUUUUCUGCAUCAACUCUGAAACUUACUGAUGAUAGACAGCUGCUGACUACAUAUUGAGAAACAAAAAAGUUUUCACUUUGGCAGAUCAAUAAAGUACUGUUAACAGUUCUUUUUCAUCAAAACUAGGAAGCUGGAAACAAAGCAACUACCACUUGCCAUUUUUCAAACCUCAGUUAUAACAAAUUGUGCCUUUCACAUAGUGACUGAGUAGCUUGUUCUACACCUGCUAGGUCUAGUGCCAUUUCAGAGAACAGUACCUGAGGUAACAAGAAAUGUUGACAAUGAAUAUGGUUAAGAACAAGAAUCUCAUGUAUUUUUUGAUGAGCAAAGGCAGCAUUUAGAAUCUUCUACUGUAAUGCUUCCUCUUGAAAAUAUCCCACAAUCAAACUCACUGUUUGGGUUUAAUAUACUAUUCGUUUACUCAGUAACCUCAUUUUAUUAUUGGAUUGCUCAAACAGCUCUGUUUUCAUGCAGAUACAGAAUUAGAUUUUUUUUCUAGGACUUUCAAGUGAAGACUGCUAGAGCCAUAAUCAAAGUGAUCACACACUUGCAAAACAGGAAACCCCACACAGUAUAAUUAAGUUUCCAUUUCAGAAUUACAGAUGAGAAUUAAGAAUCCUUUUCUUAGGUGAAAUCAGCAGAAUUAGUAUUGGGAUUUCCAUAAUUCCAGAUGAUGUAUAUACUAUUUUUAAAAGUCAGAUAUGUAUAUCCUGAGAGGAAGCAGAAUCCAACACUUAGUUUUGUAGGCUGGUUGUUCUGUUCGUGUUUCAACAUCAAAUACUGUUUUCUCUAAUCUACAUAAAGGCUUUCUCUACCUGCCAAAUCAUCUAUCACUCACUUGUAAUACUUGUACAUAUUACUUAAUAGCUAGAGAAAUGAGCAUUUCCCUAAGUGACACUGCAUAAGAAAGUACAAUAAUUGAGAGGACCCUCAGAGCAUUUUUUAAACCCUCACAGUAGGCCCAGUUUCUUGUAUGAAGAAACAAAGGUAGACAUCAGCUGGUAACUCAAUUUAUUAACUCAUUCCAAAUCACCACCCCUUUUCUCACUGUGCCACCUCCUCACUUUUUGGAAGAGUCAUCACAGUAAAAAUCCGGUCUAAAUUAUGCCUUUCCUGUAAGUAUUGUGGAGGAAAACAUUAAAAUCAGUCUCAACAUCUCAGGAAACUAAAUUAAAAGGCUUGUUUGUUUUAACAGAUACUCUCCUUAACUGAUGACUUCCCUUUGAAGACUAUUUGCUAGUUUUGGGAAAUGAGGCUAUUAAAAAAUCGGUUUUGUAUACUGGCACCAAUUAAAUGGUAUCCGUUACAGUUACUUUACUAAGGCUUAAGGGAAAAACCCAUGAGGAAAAUUGCAGUGGGAACUGCCCUAUUUGCAAAUUAUUGACUUGUAUGCUAUUCUUGGUUACUAGGUACACAGGCAUUUAAUCAUGUUCUGAAAUCAAAAUCUUGUUAAGAAAAAUCAAACCUACAAUGAAUGUUAUGGCAUUUGAAGUGGUGCAGCCAUACAACUAUUGCAUGAGAGAAGAAGCACAAACAGCAGAUGCAAAAGCUCAGAGGUGCUGGAGGGGGAAGUCCAGGCUGCAUGUAGAGGCAAACAGGUGCCAGGUUCAAGAGAUCCUGCUCCCAGGUGAUUAUUGGAAUGGGGAUACUUGGGACUCUUCUAAUGAGGAAUGGACUGAAAGGUCUGAGGACAAGAAGAGGAAAUCCUUCUCUGCCCAACCAAUCAAAAUAAAGAUACAGAAGGGUGACAUAAGAUGGAUAAUUAGUGUAAUAAGGCAGUAACAGGAGGAUUUUUUGUAAUAGAAAUUGGACUAAAGCCUCUCAAAUUUCAUAUUGUUUGUACUUUGAGUCACAUGCACAUUGGAAAGCCACUAGACACCACAAGAUACUGGUAGAUAAGUGCAGUAGGAACCACACACAGCAAAGGGAAGAACCAGGAUUUAUAUACAAAUAGCUCUUGAAGACUGCAAGUCAACAAUGUAGGCAUUAGAACAAGAGGUACUACCUUGAAAUCCACAACAGCAUUCAAGAGAAGACUGGCAGGAAACAAAAAAGUGAAAUUGUAGCAAGUAACUUAACAAAUGAAGGGCAACAUCCUGCCACAACAGGAGGAAACAGGUCCCGUAAGUUAAUUCAGAGACUGCCUAGGUGUACUGGGUCUGGCUGGGAGGUAGUUAGCUUUAAGAUAAUUAUUGCCAUAAAAAAAGGAAAAAGCAUCA